AUGAUUCCCGCUACUGCCGUACCACCACAUCCAUUGAAUACGCUGGAUCGAAUUGCAUUUUAUAAGAGUGUGCGCGAAAAACGCAAACAACUUCAACUGAAUCUUCAUACUAAUGGAAAGGACAAUGUGAGUUCAUCAACUGAGAAUGCAUUUCUCACUCAAAUGCUUCAAUCAUCUUCAACUUCGACGACAUCAUCAUCACUAAGUGUCCCAUCCGUUUUACGUAAAGGUGAUUUUGCAUCGUCAUCGUCAUCAUCACAUCGCACACCGACAAGUACUCUUACGAAUAUUCUUCCCGCUCUACUUAAUGGAACAUUACAAUCACCGCGUGCCAUAUCACCACCAGGUACAAGAACAAAUAUACCAAAUUUAACAUCACCGACCAGUACAAACACAACUGAUACACUUGUAGACACGAAGUGUUCAACGUCAUUGCCCGUUUCACCUGCUGCAAAUACAAAUCACAAUCAUACAUCAAACCUUUCUAAUAAUCAUGUUGUUGUUCCAACGAGUUGUUCACCACCACGUUGUCGUUCGUAUCCAAUGCCUUCUCUCAACCAACGAAACUCACCUCCAGUCUUACUUCCAUCAAUAACAUCAAACACGCAAUCGAUUGCUACAUCUACAUCUUAUCUACUAGCAGCAGCAGCAUCUUGUCCUUCGUUGCCCACAUCAACUUUUACUUCAUCGAAUUCUCCACCACUCGAUGAUGUUACACCAAAAAUUGUUCGAUCAGCAUCUGUUAAAUCAUGUGCAUCGGACUCGGGUGUUUCAUCAUCUAGCCCAUUGUCAGAUAACAAUAUUGUUCAUGUAUUUCGAACAAAUCAUAGUGAAACCAACUAUCAAUCUCAAGUGUCAACUAGCAGCCGCAAACGAAAAUCUCUUGCACAUUUCUAUGAAGAAUUGAAUAAAGAUAAGAAAUUUUCCAGUGAAGCAACAGUGUCCUCGGGCUUUGCAAUGCCAUCGUCGGCAUCAUCAUCGUCAGCAACCAAUGUAACACCAAUCAAUAAUAACAUUCCAUAUAGUCAACAAGAAGCCAUCGCUAUCGGUUAUGCACAAUAUGCCUUGAUGCAUACACUAACUCAGCAAUUUCGUGUGAAUUAUCCAGCUGCAUUUCUACAUGCUGCCGCUGCAUCUGGCUACUUGCCAAUACCAUCACCGAUGAUGGCCGCUGCUGCUGCUGCUGCCGCCGCCUCAGUCAAUUCGACAGCAAAUGGAAAUCAGUCAAUGAGUUCGGAUAAAUAUCGUGAACGGCGAAAACAACCAACACUUGAAAGUGACAAUAAUAAUAAUCAUAUACAAUCAUCUGUACCUCUCAAUGAUCAACCAUACCGACGAGAAACGUAUCAGACAUUGUUAGAGAGUAGUCGUCUACUAGGACAACAGAAACCAUUGAAACCAGUACCCAUCGACUUGCGAAAACAUAACAAUGACAAUCAAACGACAAAUAAGAGUCCUUCUGGUCCAUCCAAUGUUCGUUGUCCAUCAUCAUCGUCAUCUUCAACUUCACCAACGAAUUCACCUCCGUGUACAAAUUUUCUCAAAUCAAAUAUUAAUGAACCCGUUAAUGAAUAUGUCUGUAUACCAAAAAAGUUAAUGCCUGUUAUCGGUGCACGUAUCAACGAUUGGCUCGAACGUAAUGUAAAUUUCGCUUUGUCGCUUACAGUUAUUCAAGAAAAUAUUGAUAAUGACCGAAACAAGCUUGCUCUACUCUCUCGCAUAUGGCACCGAUUAUUGAUUAUAAGUAUGAUAGAAAAUAGUUUCGAGAUCUACGUAACCAAAGAUUUACAAAUUACAAGUGAUCCACCAUCAAUCGUAUCAUCGACAUCACCAGCGACGAUUAUGCAUCCGACAGAAAAUGACGUGAAGCAAAUUGAAUCCUUGAUUACACGUGGUAAAACAUUAGAGAUCGAUGAGAGUGGCUUUAAUCUCAUUCGUGAAGUGAUAAUAUGCAAGGAGGGUAAAACUCUAUUCGAAAAUACAUGUGCCGAUUCGUUUGAAAAAGCUGAAUGUCAAGCUCAAGCUCGAUUAACAGCAUGGUGUUCUUCGCGUGUCAAAUAUUCCAAAAUAGUCUUCUUUUUAUGCAAUAUCUAUCAAGUUAAGGAAGAUAUCUUCGAACGUCUAUUUUGUGCGGGCUCGAUGCAUCAAAGUGUGCCUAUUCAUACGCAUCUACAACGAUUUGUAGCUUCAGCAUCUAUUCCGACAUCAAUGGACGACGCUUAG